GGGGCCGGCGGCGGCGGCCGCCGCGGCCGGGGCCGGGACGAUGACUCUGGAGUCCAUGAUGGCGUGUUGCCUGAGCGACGAGGUGAAGGAGUCCAAGCGCAUCAACGCCGAGAUUGAGAAGCAGCUGCGGCGGGACAAGCGCGACGCGCGGCGCGAGCUGAAGCUGCUGCUGCUCGGCACAGGCGAGAGUGGGAAGAGCACGUUCAUCAAGCAGAUGCGCAUCAUCCACGGGGCGGGCUACUCCGAGGAGGACAAGCGGGGCUUCACCAAGCUGGUCUACCAGAACAUCUUCACCGCCAUGCAGGCCAUGAUCCGUGCCAUGGAGACGCUGAAGAUCCUCUACAAGUAUGAGCAGAACAAGGCCAACGCGCUCCUGAUCCGGGAGGUGGACGUGGAGAAGGUAACCACGUUCGAGCAGCAGUAUGUGAACGCCAUCAAGACGCUGUGGAACGACCCCGGCAUCCAGGAGUGCUACGACCGCCGGCGCGAGUUCCAGCUCUCUGACUCGGCUAAGUAUUACCUGACUGACGUGGACCGCAUUGCCACCGUGGGCUACCUGCCCACCCAGCAGGAUGUGCUGCGGGUCCGUGUGCCCACCACUGGCAUCAUCGAGUACCCCUUCGACCUGGAGAACAUCAUCUUCAGGAUGGUGGAUGUGGGUGGACAGCGAUCAGAGAGGAGGAAGUGGAUCCACUGCUUUGAAAACGUCACGUCCAUCAUGUUUCUCGUGGCGCUCAGCGAGUACGACCAGGUCCUGGUGGAGUCUGAUAAUGAGAAUCGCAUGGAGGAGAGCAAGGCGCUCUUCCGCACCAUCAUCACCUACCCCUGGUUCCAGAACUCCUCCGUCAUCCUCUUCCUCAACAAGAAGGACCUGCUGGAGGACAAGGUUCUGCACUCGCAUCUCGUCGACUACUUCCCAGAGUUUGACGGGCCCCAGCGGGACGCGCAGGCCGCCCGCGAGUUCAUCCUGAAGAUGUUCGUGGACCUGAACCCCGACAGCGACAAGAUCAUCUACUCGCAUUUCACGUGCGCCACGGACACGGAGAACAUCCGCUUCGUGUUCGCGGCGGUGAAGGACACCAUCCUGCAGCUCAACCUGAAGGAGUACAACCUGGUGUAGCCGCGCCGCGGCCCGGGCGCCCCGCCCGCCGCCAGCCCCCGCACCUUCUCCCCGCGGCCGGGCGGGGCCGCCCGCCGCCCUUGCCUUGUCGCCCGAUCGUUUUCUACAGAAAGAAAAAGGAAAUUCAAC